AUGCAUUUGGUUCAAAGAAAAUUAAACAAAUUUAUAGUAAUUAUGGAGCGAUGCUCUCUUUUUCUUGAAAACUCAAAACUUUCCUUUAAAAUUUUAUGUAAAAAAUUGAUAGAAAAACAUCCCUAUCAGUAUGAGUUCAACUUCAUCCCCUUGUCAGAUAAGCAAAAUCAUAUAGAAUACCAUUUUGAGUGAAAGAAAAUAAAUUUAUAA